AAUAAUACAAGAAGAAGAAGAAGAAGGCACUGACGUACGGAGCUCCUGGAAGAAGGAAGGCUGCACCGAGAGAACAAUGGGAGUUGAAGUCGAGACUCUUAGACCUGGAGAUGGGAAGACUUUUCCGAAGAGAGGAACGACGGUCUCCGUGCACUACGUUGGCACGCUGACAAACGGGAAGAAAUUUGACUCCUCCAGGGAUCGGGGAGAGCCCUUCCAGUUUAAACUGGGAGCCGGUGAAGUCAUCCGUGGGUGGGAUGAAGGUGUCGCUCAGAUGAGCCUUGGCCAGUUGGCCAAGCUGACCUGCUCACCGGAUUAUGCGUAUGGCAGCAGAGGUUAUCCGCCCAUCAUCCCUGCAAACUCUACCCUCAUCUUCGAAGUGGAGCUCCUGAAAUGCUGAGAUUUUUACACUGAAAAUUAUUCCUGAGGGUUUUUUGAGUGUUCUUUUUUUUCACAUCUAUCACAAAUGGUUAUUUGUUGAAAAUCUACUAUCAGAAGCCUAAUCCUUGGGUUGAUUAAAAUUAAUGACUCAAUUGCCACCAUGCUAAUGACGACUGUGCUAUAUUGGUGCUAAACUAAUUCUCAGGCCCAUGAACUUGAAAUGAACAUUGGAUCAAUCUGGGAACCUUUAUUAUUUCUUCCUGAAAGUCAUUUGACAUUGACAUUAUCUGUUUAUUGGCUAAGUAAAGGUGAAGGACCAAGCUGGACCAUGCUUGUGUUUAUUUUGGGGUACCUAACACACAUUUGUCCCCCAUAAGAGAAAGUUGUGGCAGCUGUGCAGAAUAGAACAGCUUGAACCAAGAGCUGCUGGCUGUAAGAAACUGAGUCAUUUAAAUGCCUAGAUAUAGCAUUAUUUUCAAAUUGAAGAAUGUUUCCAAAAACUUGAAUUUGUAUCUAAUAGUUAGUAAACUUCAUUCUUUAACUCGCAUCUUAAAUUAAAUCUACUAAAAGCACUUGCUUAAGUUAGUGCAUGUAGUACUAAACCCAGUGGUGUUUUCGGCAAAGCCGUUUUAGUGAUGUCAUACUGACCUUGUUGACACCUUUUAGUUAAAAGCCUGGUUCCUUGCAUAUUUGUCUUCCUGCAGUAGAUCGUUUUAACUUGCACAUUAAGGCAAUGACACACAAAAAUAACCAUCACUAAAGGCUUGUGAUUAAAUUUGGUUACAUUUUUGUGUUUGUAUUGUGUUUUUUUUUUUUUUUUUCAGUCUGGCCAAAAUUCACACAUUCCUUAAACAUUUCAAGCCAGCUUUUAGACCCAAAGUGCCCUAGUGUAAUGCCAUAAUCAAAACACUUUUCAUUUUGCAGUGCUUUUACCUCUUCAGUGUAAGUCAUCAAGUCUUGAUUAAAACCAGAAUACUGUAUAA